ACUGUAAGAGAGCACGAGGGGGAAUUACAGAACACGAUUACCCAAACAUUAUAAAAUUAUCCCCAUAAACUCAUCUAUAUCAAUCAAAUCAAGCACAUUGUUGAACAACUACUCAUCAUUUAAUUCUAAGCUUUAUCCGUCAAUGGAAGAUCUUCCGCAAAACUGUUCUGCUCAAGCUCCUCUUCUUCCUUACCAUAACUCCAAUCCCCACCGUUCAUCUCGUUUCAAAAUCUCCGAGGUGGUAAAAGAGGUAAGACAGCUGUACAACAUAGCAUUCCCAUUGAUCUUAAGUGGUUUACUCACCUACGGAAAAUCAGCCAUUUCAAUGACUUUCAUGGGUCAUUUAGGUAAGGAAGCCUUAGCCGGUGGUUCUUUAGCUGUUGGUUUUGCGAACAUCACCGGCUACUCAGUUCUUUCCGGUUUAGCCAUGGGCAUGGACGCCAUUUCUUCACAAGCUUGUGGUGCUAAACAAUGGUCUUUAAUGGGUCAAACCCUUCAACGUACCAUUCUUAUCUUACUCCUUUUUUGUAUCCCAAUUUCAUUCCUUUGGCUCAAUAUUCACCCCAUUCUUAUCUUUUUGGGCCAAGACCCGACCAUUUGCUCAGUUGCGGCUACAUACCUUACUUAUUGCCUUCCCGACCUUUUCUUCAUUGCGCUAAUCAACCCACUAAAAAGCUAUCUUCGCUCACAAAACGUAACUGGACCCCUCGUACUUAGCGCAGGGGUAGCAUUGUCAUUUCACUUCCCGGUUAACUACAUCAUGGUUAACUAUCUUAAUUAUGGUAUAAAAGGUGUAGCCAUUGCAACUUCAAUUAUGGACCUUAAUGUACUAUUAGUAACAGUAGUAUACCUUAUUAUUACCGGAACUCAUAAAAAGACUUGGCAAGGAUGGUCACGAGAUUGCCUACGUGAUUGGUCAAUUAUUAUUUCUUUAGCCAUUCCGAAUUGUAUUUCAGUCUGUUUGGAAUGGUGGUGGUACGAGUUGAUGAUCGUUAUGUCGGGUUUACUUCCCAAUGCUGCUGAUGCUGUAGCCACAAUGGGGUUAUUAAUUCAAGCUACGUCGUUGAUUUACAUUUUUCCGUCGUCGCUUAGUCUCGCAGUGUCUACGCGAGUCGGAAAUGAGCUUGGGGCGGGUCGUCCUAAUAAGGCAAGGACUUGUUCUAAUGUAUCAUUGUGUUGUGCUAUUUUUACUAGUGUGCUUGCAUUGGCAUUUUCAGUUACGAUGAGGAACGUGUGGGGCCGGGCUUUUACAUCAGACGAGGCGAUUAUUGCACUAACCGCUGCGGCUAUGCCUAUAUUAGGCCUUUGUGAGCUUGGGAAUUGCCCACAAACCACCAUGUGUGGAGUGUUAAGAGGUAGUGCUAGGCCUAAACUUGGAGCUAACAUAAAUUUAGGUGCAUUUUAUGGGGUUGGGCUUCCUAUUGCUAUUGGAAUGGGCUUUUUCAUUAAAAUGGGUUUAUUAGGGUUAUGGUUGGGCUUACUUGGCGCCCAAGUAGCCUGUUCUCUUUUUAUGGCUAUUAUGUUGGUGAGAACGGAUUGGGACGCUGAAACCCAAAGGGCUAAAGAACUCACUGGUGGUACCAAUAGUGAUAUUGAAUCGGAACAACAUCAAGACAGCAAGAUUCGAUCCGAUUCGAAUGUUUGCUUUUUAUAUUCUAAAUAUUGUAAUUUGAUAUCGAUUCACUUUUACCUCGAAUUGGAUACCGAAUAUUCAUUAUUUUAG